AGGGAGAGAGAGGAAGACAAGAAGGGAGAAAAAGGAGAGAAUGAGAAAGGAAUGGAGAAGACGGAGAAAAAAGAAAGAAUGGAAAGGGGGGGGGGAAGGAGAAGACUGGAGGGCUGAAGACCCCCUAGACUGGCUACGGAGGAGGAAAAGUAUAAGAGUGUGGAGGGGGAGGGAGGACCAGAGAAAGAGGGGUGGGGCAUAGAAAAGUCGAAGGGGAAGGGGUAAAGAGGAGAGAAAUAGGACUGGAGGGAGAGAAAAGGGGAUGGGGGAGGGAGGGAGAAAGUUAGAGUGGGCGGGGGAGGUUGGCCAGGGGAGAAAACGUGUGAGGAAGGGGCAUUCGCCAAUUGUGAGCAAGUUUUCGUUUUUGGUGCUUGGUUUCCCCGGGUGGAGGUGGGCUAACCCUAACCCUGCAGCCACACCGGGACGGGUCGUCCCUGUCAGGUGUCCCAGGGGCAUUGCAAUUGUCCGGGCGCUGCGGAAGUGACGUGACGGUUGUCCAACCAGAAUCUUCGCUGGGAGUUGCUAGGUGGGCGGUUCAUGUUAGUUUCUCGCUGUUUUCCUGGGAGAAAAUGGAACUCCCCCGGCUCCAACUUGGGAGGUAAAUCUUGCUGCCCCUUGAGAAAGGACUUGUCAUUUCCACCAUCAAUCUUCUGUGAGCCUGUAUCUGUGAGCCUCAGCGCCCUGGGUGGUUCUUUUCCUGAGCAUCAAAUUGUCCAAGGUUUUGUGGUCUUGAACCCCUUAAGGACUUUUGUCCUGAUUUCUCCCUGAUCCCCUUUGUAAAUGAGGCGUGAAGACCCUUUUCUGCUCCGGAGGACGUCUCUGGGUGAAGUGGUGUUUGCCCCGGGGAGCAAACUAUCCUGGGUGAAGGCGGUGGUACUCAGCAGCCGGCCAAUGCUGGUUCAGGGCUCCCUGUACCUCGGGGGUCUUUUUUCAGCAUUUCCCCCAUCCAAGGAGUAGCCAGGAAUUUCUCUGCUCUUACUGUAGAUGCUGGAUGUGCGGUUGUUGCUCCCCUCUCAGAGUGUAUAUCGAGUACAGGAUUCUUCCUUGGAGUCUCUUGUGGCCUGGGAAGUAGAAAAAUAGGUUGAGCGGGGUGAAUAAAAAAAAAAAAGAGAGAUAAGACCCGGGAAAGAAGAUAAGGCGGGGAGGGGAGAAAAGAAGGGGGGAUGCAGAGGGAAAGAAGGGAAAGGGUGGGGAGUGGGUGUGGCGAUGAAAGAGGGGAAGGUGUGAGAGAGUAGAAAAAAAGAGAAGAGUAACAAAAAAUGGGAGAAGAAGACCGAGGACUGAAGAGAUCUAGACAACAUACAGAGUAGGAACAGGAUAAUUGUGGAGGUGGGGUGGGGAGGGGGGGGGGUCAGAGAAAGUUUGGAUAUCCAAGGAGAGGAGAGGCGGAUGAUAGUUGGGGAGGACAGAGCAGCCAAAGGUAGAGGGUUACAGGGAAGAGGAAUGUGGAGGGGGGGAGACAAGGGGAAAGAGGGGAGAGGGUAUGAGGGGUGGAAAAAGGAAAGGAUGGGCGGGGAGAGGGAGAGAGGGAAGAGUGGGGAAGCAGAAGAGGGCAAGAAAGUUGGCCUGCGCCAGGGAGGUAGGCAAGAGGGAAAAGAGAGAAUGAGGAAAAGGGAUAGAGAGGGGAGAUGGAGAGAAAAUCAUGGAUGGAGAGUCAAAGAAAAGACAGGGUGAGCGGGAGAAUUCGAAUUAGGGGGAUGAAGAGUCCUAGACUGGUUACAGAAUAGGGAUAAAAAGGUAUAAAAGUGAGGUAAGGGAGGAGAGGAGCAAGAGAAAGAGGGGGGCAUAGAAAAGGAGAAGAGAGAGGGGAUGACAGUUGCGAAGGACAGACUAGAAAGAGGUUCGAGAGAGGGGGAAAGAGGAGAGUCAUAUGGCUAGAAGGAGGUCAAAGAGAAUUGAAAGGGGGAGAAAAGGGAAGUGUUGGAGGGAGAAGAGGGCCAGCCGAGGGAGAAAGUUGGAGCGGGCGGGGGAGUUUGGCGAGGGGGAAAACGUGUCAGGAAGGCAUGCGAGGUUGCCCGCCACCUGGGCACUCGCUCAGGGCCAGCAAGUUUCUCCCUUUGGUCCUGCGUUUCCCCCGGUGGAAGUGUGGUGUUGGUAUCUGGGGCCAGCAGCCACCCCCGGCUUGUGGUCCCUCCCCACCGCACCCCUCCGCGGCUCGGGAAGUUGGAAUCGUCCGCUGGGCCGUACACUGACGUGUCCGUCGUCCAAUCAGAAUCUUUGUUUGGCGUUGCUAGGUGGGCGGUUCCUUUCAGUUUCUCCGGGUUUUCCUGGGAGAAAAAUUGAACUGCUUUUGCUCCAACUUCCGAGGUAAACCUUUCAGCCCCUUGGAAAAGAAGAGAGAGGAAAGAGCGGGAAAGCAGAAGAGGGCAAGACCAGGGAGAAAGUUGGCCUGCGCCAGGGAGGUAGGCAAGAGGGAAAAGAGAGAAUGAGGAAAAGGGAUAGAGAGGGGAGAUGGAGAGAAAAUCAUGGAUGGAGAGUCAAAGAAAAGGCAGGGUGAGCGGGAGAAUUCGAAUUAGGGGGAUGAAGAGUCCUAGACUGGUUACAGAGUAGGGAUAAAAAGGUAUAAAAGUGAAGUAAGGGAGGAGAGGAGCAAGAGAAAGGGGGGGGGAUAGAAAAGGAGAAGAGAGAGGGGAUGACAGUUGCGAAGGACAGACUAGAAAGAGGUUCGAGAGAGGGGGAAAGAGGAGAGUCAUAUGGCUAGAAGGAGGUCAAAGAGAAUUGAAAGGGGGAGAAAAGGGAAGUGUUGGAGGGAGAAGAGGGCCAGCCGAGGGAGAAAGUUGGAGCGGGCGGGGGAGUUUGGCGAGGGGGAAAACGUGUCAGGAAGGCAUGCGAGGUUGCCCGCCACCUGGGCACUCGCUCAGGGCCAGCAAGUUUCUCCCUUUGGUCCUGCGUUUCCCCCGGUGGAAGUGGGGUGUUGGUAUCUGGGGCCAGCAGCCACCCCCGGCUUGUGGUCCCUCCCCACCACGCCCCUCCGCGGCUCGGGAAGUUGGAAUCGUCCGCUGGGCCGUACACUGACGUGUCCGUCGUCCAAUCAGAAUCUUUGUUUGGCGUUGCUAGGUGGGCGGUUCCUUUCAGUUUCUCCGGGUUUUCCUGGGAGAAAAAUUGAACUGCUUUUGCUCCAACUUCCGAGGUAAACCUUUCAGCCCCUUGGAAAAGAAGAGAGAGGAAAGAGCGGGAAAGCAGAAGAGGGCAAGACCAGGGAGAAAGUUGGCCUGCGCCAGGGAGAAAUUUGCUUUGCCAAGGAUAAAAGGGAGGGGAAGGAAUAUAGACUUCAGAUAAACAUUUUAGCAUUAUAUGGUGAUUUUGCAUAAUGGAAAAUCCAAAAAGUGAGGAUAGUACUCAUUCUGAAGAACAGAAAACUUUAAAGCCUACAUGCUCAAAAAGGAAACUUGCAAGUUUUAAAGAACACACUGACUCUGAUGAUGGACAGAUUAUGGAUGAACCUAUAAGUGAAUUUCAAUCAGAUGAAAAUUCAGAAAAUACUGUUUCUAUGAAAAGCUUCACUGAAGGUACUGUCAUUGCACAAUCGGAGCCAUUCCAGAAACCAUAUCCAGAAGAUAAAGAUGAAAAACCUGAAGGUAGCCACAGAAGUAAAAUUAAAACUGGAACUCACAAAAAACAUAUUGGGAAAGAGCUACUUAGAAUUGUGACUUGCACAGCUUGUGGACAACAACUGAACCAUUUUCAGAAAGAUUCAAUGUAUCGACAUCCUGCACUAAAUGUUCUUAUUUGUAAGAACUGCUACAAAUAUUAUAUGAGUGAUGAAAUAAGCCAUGAUUCUGAAGGAAUAGAUGAACAGUGCAGGUGGUGUGCAGAAGGUGGAAACUUAAUUUGUUGUGACAGUUGCCAUAAUGCUUUUUGCAAAAAAUGCAUAUUGCGCAACCUCGGGCGAAAGGAGAUAUCAAAAAUACUGGAUGAAAACAACCAGUGGCGUUGCUAUAUUUGCCAGCCUGAGCCUUUGCUAGAUUUGAUUGCCACAUGUGACAGUGUGUUUGAGAAUUUAUUGCAACAGAAGAAAAAAAAGCUAAAGCUUGCGAGUGAUGAAAAGAAAUGUGAUCAUCCACAUAAAUUCCACCCCACGCCAAAAGGUACUCGUACUGAAGAGAAAACCCAGUUAGAUGAUUCUUCCUCUAGUUCUGUAACAUUUUUUUUCCCAUCAUUAAUGCUUCCAAAAGAUUUGAUUGAAAAGACAAAAAAUCUAGUUGAGAACACUACAAAUAUGAACUCAAGUUUUCUUAAAUUUUUGGAAAAAACAGUCAGUAAUCCACAAAUUGGCUCAACUGUUAAGUUACAUCAAUUGAAAGCUAUAAAAUUUGUGAUGAAUGACAUAAGUAAGAGUCACCAGACAUUAGAUAAAUACUUGAACAAGGAGAUAAGCAGUGUGGGUGUUAGAGAUAAGGAAGAAACUGCUACAAAAUGCACAAGUGAGAAUACAGAAAAAUGUCCUGAAAUUGAUAAUGUAAAUGAAAAAUAUGAAGCAGAAAAUAAAUUUAUUAUGAAGACAAAAAAGUUUUCACUUGACACAACUAGAACAGAAAUAGCAGUUUCUACAACAACUAAAGAAUUACAAUGUGAAUUUGCCAGUACAUCUAAAUCUGUACAGAUGGACAUUAGGUUUAUUCCUUCUUCAGGAUCUGAAGAUAUUUUUGCGAUUCUGAAAUCAUCUGUUAAUAUCCACAAUGUUAAAAGUACUGACACUGAUCAGGAUUCAGAAAAUUAUUCUUUAAAAAUUGAUGAGUCUUUAAAAGAUAACAAAAGAGAGGCCAAGUUUAAAGUAUUAGCCAAAGUAACAAAGAAAAUGCAUGAAAUUCCAGCUUCCUUAUCAGAUUUCACAUUGAAAGACUCUGACCGCCAAAGAUCACCACAUAUAAGAACAUCUUUAAGAAAACAAAUAGAAAAUAUUACAUCUAAUUUAGAGGAAGAAAGAAACAAGAAAAGUAAGACAAAAUCAUUAGGACCAUGGAAAAAAGAUAAAAAUUCUUUGCCUCAAAUUGAAGAGCAAUUUUCCAAAAAAUCUUGUUUAAUUAUUCAUAGUUUAGAUUCAGAUGAAAAGUCAGUUAUGUUCAGGGAAUCUAUUAAAAUGAAUCGAAGCCCUUUAGAGUCUGAUACUGACAGGAAAGUUGUAGACAAGAAAAAGCACCACACAAUUAAACGUAAGAAGGCAAAACAAAACAAAGAAGAUUCCGCUUCAGAUUCAGAUGCUGAUUGUAAAAAGGGAAAAGCUUCAAAUUUUUCCCCAGGAAAAGCCAUAAAAGAACAGCUGUAUGAACAUUAUUUUUUUCCCUCUUCAUCUGACAGUGAUACGUGUGAAAUGACUAUUACAGAAAAUACUGAUACAUUAAAUACUGGAUAUUUUCAGGUGCCAGGGAAUGAAACUGAUACUCUAUGUGUGCCUGUCGUAACAGAUGAUCAUGAUGUUAAGCCUGAGAAUCGAAUUGUCAAGAAGAAGCUCUUUGAAGAUCUCAAAGCCAGUUUUUCUUCAGAGGAAAGUGAAGAAUCAGAUGUUAAAAAGAGUACUGAAAAGACAGAUGAAACAAAUACAAGAAGUGAGGGGAUUUAUAGGAAUAGCACUUCAGAAUUUGAUUCAGACUCUGAGGAAACUAAAAACCUUAAAUACACAUGCAUGCUAUUGAUCCAUAAACUAAGUAGUGGAGAAUCUGCAGAAGAGACAAAAAAAAGCACACAGAAAGUGAGCAGUGGAGCUUCUGUUGAUUCUGAUUUCAAAAGACUUGCUGUUACUGAAGAUAUUACUGAACGUAAAGGUAAUCGAAGGCCACGGCCAAGAUCAUCAAGAAAUACAAAGUUAGAUAAUCAGCGGAGUUACAAACAAAAGAAGAAAAGGAGACAUAUUAAAGUACGUGAGGAUUCAUCAAGUGAAAAUAAGAGCAAUUCUGAAAGUGAUGACUCAAAGUCACCAGGAAAAAGUAGGAAGAAAAUUAGAAAUAUCCUUAAAGACUAUAAAUUACGAAGAGAAACACAGAGAGCCCUUAAAGAAGAGGAAUGGAGGAGAAAGCGCCUUGCUGAAAGAGAACAAGAAAGAGAAAAAUUAAGAGAGGUGCUAGAUGUUUCUGAUUCACCUGAUAUGUAUCCAAUUACAACCAAACUUAUUUUAGAUGAAGAUGAAGAAACCAAAGAACCUUUGGUUCAGCUCCAUAGAAAUAUGGUUACCAAAUUAAAACCUCAUCAAGUAGAUGGUGUUCAGUUCAUGUGGGACUGCUGUUGUGAAUCUGUAAUAAAAACAAAGACAUCAGCAGGCUCAGGAUGCAUUCUUGCCCACUGCAUGGGUCUUGGAAAAACACUACAAGUGGUAACUUUUCUUCACACAGUUCUGUUAUGUGACAAAUUGAAGUUUGCUACAGCUUUAGUGGUUUGCCCCCUUAACACUGUCUACAACUGGAUAAAUGAAUUUGAGAAAUGGCAGAAGGGAUUACAAGAAGAUGAAAAACUCAAGGUUUCAGAAUUAGCAACCAUGAAACGCCCUCAGGACAGAUGCCUCAUUCUGCAAAAUUGGCAGGACAAUGGUGGAGUAAUGAUUAUCGGCUAUGAAAUGUAUCGAAAUCUUGCACAAGGAAGGAAUAUGAAGAGUAGAAAAUUAAAAGAAAUAUUUAAUAAAACUCUUGUUGAUCCAGGUCCAGACUUUGUUGUAUGUGAUGAAGGCCAUAUACUAAAAAAUGAAACUUCAGUUAUAUCCAAAGCUAUGAAUUCUAUUCGUUCAAAAAGAAGAAUUAUUUUAACAGGAACACCUCUACAGAAUAAUCUAAUUGAAUAUCACUGUAUGGUUAAUUUUAUCAAAGAGAAUCUCCUUGGUUCUAUCAAGGAAUUUAGGAAUCGAUUCAUAAAUCCAAUUCAAAAUGGCCAGUGUGCAGAUUCCACUAUGGAAGAUGUUCGAAUAAUGAAAAAGCGGGCUCACAUUCUCUAUGAACUAUUAGCUGGAUGUGUUCAGAGGAAAGAUUACACAGCAUUAACAAAGUUUUUGCCACCAAAAUAUGAGUAUGUAAUAUCAGUAAGAAUGACUUCUAUUCAGUGCAAGCUUUACCAGUACUAUUUGGAUCAUUUAAUAGGUGUGGGAGGUACUAUUGAAGGAAGGAAAGGGAAAGCAGGAACAAAGCUCUUCCAGGACUUUCAGAUAUUUAGCAGAAUUUGGACUCAUCCAUGGUGCUUACAGUUGGAUUAUAUUAGCAAAGAAAACAAGGGAUAUUUCGAUGAAGAAAGCAUGGAUGAAUUGGUAACCUCAGAUUUUGAUGAAAUCUCAACAAGCUCAGAUGAAUAUCCUAAGAAAAAAAAGUCCAAAGGAAGAAAAAAUACUGACUCAAGUGGAAGUGAUGACAGUGUAGAAGUAAUUAAAGUAUGGAAUUCAAGAUCUAGAGGUGGUGGUCAAGGAAAUAAGGAUGAGGGGACCAGCAGCUCAUCUAUAACCCCGAAACAAGAAGAAAGCAGAGCAACAUACUUUUCAAAUCCAGGCAGCCCUUCAAUAAUGUGGUACAAAGAUUUUAUCACAGAUUCUGAUGCUAAGGUUUUGGAGCAUUCUGGGAAAAUGGUACUUCUUUUUGAAAUUCUAAAAAUGGCAGAGGAACUUGGGGAUAAAGUGCUGGUCUUUAGCCAAUCUCUCAUAUCUUUGGACUUGAUUGAAGAUUUUCUUGAAUUGGGGAGUAUGGAAAUGUCAGAUGAUAAAGAUAGGCCUCCCAUUUAUAAAGGUGAAGGAAAAUGGUUUAGAAACAUUGAUUAUUAUCGUUUGGAUGGUUCUGCAACUGCAAAGUCCAGAAAGAAAUGGGCUGGAGAAUUUAAUGACGAAACUAAUGUGAGGGGGCGACUAUUUAUCAUUUCUACUAAAGCAGGAUCUCUUGGAAUUAAUCUGGUAGCUGCUAACAGAGUAAUCAUCUUUGAUGCCUCUUGGAAUCCAUCUUAUGACAUUCAGAGUAUAUUCAGGGUUUAUCGCUUUGGUCAAAAUAAACCCGUCUAUGUAUACAGAUUUUUAGCUCAGGGAACAAUGGAAGACAGAAUUUAUGAACGUCAAGUAACCAAGCAGUCACUGUCUUUCCGGGUCAUUGAUCAACAGCAAAUUGAACGCCAUUUUACUAUGAGUGAACUGACUGAGCUUUAUACAUUUGAGCCCGAUUUACUGAAUGAUCCUAUUUUAGAAAAGAAGAAAAGGAGGGACACUCCUGUGCUGCCAAAGGACACAAUCCUUGCAGAAUUGCUUCAAAUACAUAAGGAAUUCAUCGUAGGAUAUCAUGAACAUGAUUCUCUUUUGGACCAUAAAGAAGAAGAAGAACUUACUGAAGGAGAGAGAAAAGCAGCAUGGGCAGAAUAUGAAGCAGAAAAAAAGGGACUUUCUAUGCAUUUCACUUUGCCCUCUGUCAGUUUCAGCUCAGAGCCUCCAUUUAUUCCUUUUGAUAUGGAAGCCAUCUCAUCACUGAGUGAUCCACAGUUGGAAGAUCUUAUUAAUCAGAGCAAAGAAAAAGUAGCAGAAGCAACCAACAAUAUGAAAUCAAUGAAGAUCCUAUCUCUCAAAGACAUCAUUUCAGCUGUUCGGAAAGAAAAUGUAUGUUUCACAGAAGCUCAAAUUUAUUCCCUGGCUUUAAGUAAGCAAGCUGAUCAGGAACGUGAUGCUAAGCACAGAGAAGCUAUCUACAAUGAUGUAUCAAUAAGACAGCAGAUGUUAAUAAGCUGUGUCCAACAGAUACGAAUGAAUAAAAAGCUUCUACAACAAUAUAGUGAAGAAUUAUUAAAUCAAGAAGACUCUUCAAGUCACUACCCUGUGAUGCCAGAACCUCCAAAUCUAGUAAUAAAUCCCUCUAGUUACCAACAUAUUGAUGUGAAAGGAAUGUAUCAGCCAAGUUCUAGUGUACUGGAAGCACUACAAAUAAGAAGCAAGACUCCAAGGUCUUCCCAAAGGAAAUCAUUGUGAUUUUCAUCAAAAAAUAUUUAAUGCAUUCUAAAAGUUUAGAUUUUCCUUAAAUCAUUUUUAUUUUGAGGUUGAGAUUAAUAUUACCCAAGUUUAAUUGAAAACAUCCAAGAAAAAUAAGAUCCACACAAUUUUACUUUGUUUACAUUAUGAAAUCACCUGUGCUGUUUGCAAGAUUUGACAACUGAGAUGAUUAUUAUUUGAAGUAGUGUUUAUUUCAUUUCUCAUUCUAUUCCAAUAUAUUUAACUUAAAAUAUUAGUACCAAGUUCUUAAAUUUUAAGGUUUAGAUUAUAUUAAUGAAUGAGAGACAUAAGUAAUGAUAAUUAUUCAUGGGAGGCUGAGGAUAUUUAGAAAGCACAACAAACCCUCUAUAAGAUAUUAAUUACAGUGCCCAAUCAGAGGUCACCAUUUUGAGAAAACUUAGAAAUAAGUGACAUCUUUCAUGGAAAUUAAAGAGACAGCACUCAGAAACAAGCAUACUUCAUUGAUAUUGGGAUUAUCUAAAUAUGUUGGUAUUGUGGAUGAAAGAAGCUGUUUCAAUAGAAGUAAUGCAUGAGAAACCUAAUUGGAAAUGUUUAAGAAAUGAAAACUGCAUAUUGUCCCCAUACAAGAGAAUGUUUUGAAAAAUAACUUCCAUCUACUGAAAAUUAUGUAGCAGUGUUUAUUACAUUUGAGAUGUCAUUUUUAGAAUUCAUUUAAGUUAUAUUAUUUUAGUUGCUUUUAGAUAAUGAUAAUUUGUUAAAAACAGUUUUGCCCGAUUACUCCAUAUUUUAUUAGUUUUAAUGUUUUGUUGUCUUAUGUAUUUUAAUCCAAUGACAGUAAACAUUUUAAUAUUACAUAGCUUUUAAAUUCCCUAUGAAAUAUUUUUGGUACUUUAGAAAUUAUUUUGCCUCCUACAGUUUUUUCAAAUACAUAUAUAAGUAGUAGAGUUGUAUGUGAAGAGAAUAAGGGGUUAGACCAAAUAAACAAUACCUUAACUUUUAUUUUUAA